GCGCUCUCUCUUCCCCUUCCCCGAAUGCUGCUAGCCUACAAAAGCAUCCCUCCACGGAAGCGCAAGCGGAGCGGCAGCCGCAGCACGAACUGGCGAUCUCUGCUGCUUCCAGCCUCCUCCUCCCCCUCCCCCUCCCCCUCCGGUGAGCGCCGGACGGCCGGAGUAGGAACCAACGGGAGCGCAGCCCCGAGCCCACCUCCUUCCGCUGCAGCUGCUGAUUUUCGAUGGAGAUGGAAGGGGUUCUGCAAGCGGGAGAUGCCAAGGACUGGGUUUACAAAGGGGAGGGCGCUGCGAAUCUCAUCCUCAGCUACACGGGCACAUCCCCUGCCAUGCUUGGCAAGGUACUGCGGGUCAAGAAGAUUCUAAAAGACAAGUCGCAACCGGCACCAAGUUGUAUGGUCUUCUCAAGUUAUGAGCAACUCCUGUGGGGCCAUAUCCCAGAAUUGGUUGACUCUGUCAAACAAGACUCCUUAGCUCAAGCCUAUGUAAUGCAUGUUAUGAGCAAACAUCUGGGUGCUAAUCAUGUUGAUGGUGGGGUUCGUGUAUGUGUCUCUAGGGAUUUUCUGGAGCUUGUUGAAAAGAAUGUUCUUAAUAGCCGUCCUGCUUGGAGAGUGAAUGCGAGCUCAAUUGAUAACACUGCCGAUGCUGCUCUUCUAAUACCAGAUCACUCAUUAUUUUCUGGUAAUCCGAGAGGCAACAGUUGCAUAGCUGUGGAGAUUAAGGCCAAAUGUGGGUUUUUGCCGUCAUCAGAAUAUAUAUCAAAAGAAAAUUCCAUCAAGAAACAAGUAACACGAUAUAAGAUGCAUCAGCACCUCAAAUUUCAUCAGGGUGAGAUAUCGACGCCUAGUGAAUACAAUCCUCUUGAUCUAUUUUCUGGGUCAAAAGAAAGGAUAUGCAUUGCCAUCAAGUCAUUUUUCUCAACUCCUCAGAACAACUUCAGGGUUUUUGUCAAUGGUUCUUUAGUUUUUGGUGGCAUGGGAGGUGGAGCAGAUAACGUUCAUCCUGCUGAAACAGACAAGUGUCUUCAAGAUCUCAGCAAGGUUAGUGGCCUAGAGCUACCUGACUUCAUUGAGCUCCUGUCAGAGGCAAUUUUUAGAUCUGGAGUACUUGGUAAAUUGUUGAUCACCCAAAAGCUGGACGAUCAUGACAUUGAAGGGGCGAUUCAUUUGUACUACAGCAUAAUUUCGCAGCCUUGUUUGGUCUGCAAAAAUGUAACUGAUGCAGAGCUAUUGCGGAAGUACACUCUUUUGCAUUCUCUUCCGUUGGACAAGAGCUUGAAGAUUGUCAGGGACUUCCUUGUUUCUGCUACUGCAAAGGACUGUAGCCUGAUGAUCAGCUUUCGUCCAAGAGAGAGUGGAACUGCAGAUUCUGAGUAUGAUUCAGUAUUUCUUGAUUCUGUGAAGCAAACCUAUGAGUACAAGGCAAAUUUCAUUGAUCUGGAUGUGAAACCUCUGGAUAAGAUGGAACAUUAUUUUAAACUGGACCAGAAGAUAGUCAAUUUCUACUCAAGAAAUGAGGAGCUCGUGCCAUCUUUAAAGGGCAGUAACACUAAAGACGCUUCGCAGAUUCAGCUCCAACAAUGAGGAGCCUCUUCCUAUAUACGUCUGGAGAAGGGGGAAGGGCCCGCCCAUUACAGAGUGGCGAUUGCUAUUUGUUGACGCUGCUGUUGUGACUUCAUGAGUACUAAGGAGGUGUUGUUCGUCAUUGCUGCUGUAACUCUACUAGUGCAUACACCGUGGAUUGUCACCGCAAAUCUGCAGAGAUGCUCAAUGUUAGUUGAGAACCUGAGAUGACUGAACUGCUUACCGUGGCAACCACUCACUGUAACAUCCCAGUUGAAAUGAGGGCUGAAGUUUCCCUCGCAGGUUACCAUCUUUCCUAGUGUCA